AAAUAGAAGACAAUAACUCAGGUUCACUAGAACAUGUCAACAAAAACAACUCUAGCUGGGAUGAACAAGUAGCUCAAGAAACCAAAGAACUCAAAGAAAUAACAAAUAUACAUAAGGAAGAACUUAAAGAAAAUAGAACAUAUAUAACAAAAGAAAAUAUCUUAUUGUUUAUUGAAGACAACACUCUUAAUGAAGAGGUCCUCGAAAUUAGUACAUGUAACAAAGAUAACAAUAAAACAACAUGUGACAAAGAGGUUUCUGAGACUAGUACAGCUAACAAAGACAACAUAGAAACUACAUCUCAAAAUGAUGCAGGCUUACAAGAAAAUGAUUUAACACAAGAAGAUCAAAAUGGGCCUUUGUUAUCUUCAAUGGAAAUAGACAACAACAAAAGAAACUCUUCACUAAGUAAAGAUAAGGACCUAUCAUCUGACCAAGUAAUAGCACCCUAUGAUGAACUGGCUGCACUGUAUCUUAAUGCAGAACCACAGGCAGGAAACAAAAAUACAGAUGAAACAUUACCUAUAAUAGAA